AUGCCGUCGGAUGAGUGUGCUCACCGCCACUCCUUGCCUGCCUUGGAGCUGCAAGUUGGGGAUGUGAUUCCCAAUGGUCGCCCUACAAGACGUUUGGAGAAGAGGCAGCUGGCUGUGGAUGGUCUUCGGGGACGAUACUGCGAACUUGUGUCUUCUGCCGUUCUGGACCAGUUGCUGCCCAACCCAGGUGACGACAUUCCCAAGCGUGAGUGGGAGCGUAGAAUGUUUGCAGCUCGACAGCUGUGGAACUUAGACGAUGGUUUCGUUUGCUGUUGCAGUAUGGUGGAUGGGUUGCGCACUUGGGUGUCAGCUAGACACCGCACUGCUCUAGAAGCCUGGUCCGCUUCCUGGUCAAGCAUGCGUGCGGAUGGAUUGUUGACCUGUUUGUUGACCCAGGAUGCUACUACACCGCUCAAGGAUGUUUUAAUGUUUGCUUCUGGUGUCAGCCGCUUUCGAAAGAAGAAAGGACAGUCUCCUUGGGAAGGAGCAAGCCCUUCUGGGUCUAUGCUGCGGGCACUCCAAAGGGGUCUCAUCAGUUUUCUUUCUGGUGGCCUUCUCAGCUACAUUGUGGGGCAGUACCAAAUUGAACACAAUGUGUCCAAAGCAGCGCCCUCCAGGAAAACAUCGACUGGGGGCAGAGUCAGCAUGUCCGUCGACGCCAUCUGGGAUUUGCUUCAACAUUCCAGCCACAGUGUGACAUCGGCCAGAGAGGAGAACAAGCUGCAGCGCCUUUCAGCUUAUCGACAGUUGCAGGCAUUAUCCCAUCAAAUCCACUUGGCGACCAGAGGUGGCUUCAAUUUGGAUUCUUUCAAGGUGCCUGAAUCUAUUUGCAUCGCCCCAGUGAGAACAGGAGAAACAAGGUUCACCUGUGUGGAUCACCGUACUGGCAAGAUUCGGGCUGGUAUUCGAGACAGGAAUUUGGAAGAUAAAUUUUUGCUUCCAGACUCCACCACUCGCUGGUGGAAUGAUGUCAAUUUGCUGGUUCUUCAGCUCGACCAGGGAAAGAUUGGGUCGGCAGGUGCUGCGUCCCGGCCGGUGCCCACCAGAGCAGCCGACGCCUUGCCUUGUUGCCUUCCGCCACAGCUCUACAUGUUCGGUUCAGCACACCGCACACCGGAGCUGCCAAAAUUGUUUGCAAUCCAAAAUCUGGAUUCCUGCAUCCAAACCCGAUGGGAUUGCUUUCAUCGCUGCGUCAACGAUGUCAAGCAAGCCUUGAAACGGGCUGCCAGUGGGGUAUUCUUGGGAUGUCAAAUGCACACAACGUACUUAUGGGGCUUGGCCUACAGACCUUAUGGCAGCGGUGCUUAUUCAGAACACAAGCUCAGGCUGUUGGAACUCAUGCUUAGUCGAGAAUCUGCUUUUACAUGCAAACCUUUCCAAUCCUUGUGGCAGGACAUUCGUGAGGACCUGCAGAUGUGCCCCAACUCAUCAAUGCAGACAGUAUGGGAUGCUUUGUCUUCAUGUGCCACCUUUUGGCGGAAAGGCACCAUGCCGAAAAAUUCAAGGUGGUUUGCAUGGUCAGACUCCUGUGAAGAGCAGCUUCCAGAAUAUCAUGUCCUCAAAUGCGUCCUUGCUUACCACUAUCAGAAUGAAAAGCUGGACCCGGACUUGGUGCAAGAGCAGCAGGCCCUAGCUUCUGUAGUGAGGGAAGCCAAGCAAGGCGGAGGGGAUCAGCAAUCGCUGCGACGAGAGUUCAGCAAACUCAAGGAAUCACUGGGCGGAGGCCCGAAGUUGGCAUAUUACAUCAUGUCCGAAAAACUUUUUUUCCAUGCUGCGAUUAUGCAAGUUUGUGUCCGUCCCUGCUGGUCUUGGUAUGCGAACAGUGUCAAGACUAUCAAGUCUCCACUUGACAACCUUGCUCUUGCUGCGAGGAUGCAGUCGGAUUGGUGUGCGGAAGCGCAUUUGAAAGCCCUUGCUCAGAUUCCAACAUCAAAAGACCCGCAGCUGGUGCGGCUUCUUGGCCAUCCAACAAUUAAAGAUGCUGCUGACAAGGUUUCACAGCUCGUGUUCCACCUUCUCCGCAAACGGUGUUCUUCCUUGUCGAAACAUAGUGCGCCCCCAGACUGCUAUGCGCAAUUAUUUGCACCUGAUGCUGAGUUGCGAGAGGAGACAGUAGCCGCCAUGAAGAUGGACUUCGAAUCGCUGUUGCAACUGGAGCAAGCGUCGGCUAAUUCAGGCACAGCUUUGGCAAUUCUGACAGACCUGAAGACUGUACUGACACCUCCACUAAGGCUGAUGUACUUGGCGUUUGAGCAAGACAAUUGGGAUGUUGGUUCGGUGGGUGGCAUGCACCUGGCUGCAGGCUUGCUCAAGACACUGGCGGAUUCCAAAAUUGUGGAAGAUCUCCACUCUGUGGUCAGGGUACAGCGCAAUUCUCAAAAAAACAAGAAACAAACCGUGCACCAAAUCCAAGAGCUGGUAACACAAGCCGAUGUUCUAUCUGAGAGAAACAUUCGGCAUGCAGCUGCCAUUGACCGUAGCACCUUUCUUCAGUCUUUCAAAAACACACAUGACCGAAAGAGAAAAAGGCGGUACUUUGCACGGGUGCACCCCCUCAAUGAACGAUGGUCGAUGAUCAUGGGACGCAAGACUUGGGGGUCAUUGACUGAAGAAGCAUUGCUUCGAAGCGCAGCCGCCUUUGCCUUCGUUCGUGCUUACAAAGCCAGUGACAUGAAAGCGAAAGGUGUUCGUGUUGCGCACGGGCUUUUCUCAAAGUUAGCCACUGAGAUGACUGUUCUGUCAUGCUGCGACCCUUUACGUCUCUACCCAGAUGUUACUGGGUUAUGCCUUGGCCAGUUCCACUGGGGUUGCUUGCUUUGGCCCAUCAAGCCUUUUUUUGGCGAGCCAAAUGACGCGGAGUGGUGGACACUAGACUUCUCUCAGAUCUCCGGUGAGGCCUGUUGGGUUCACAUUGUGAACCCUCAGCAUUGGAAGGUAUGGAGCUUCGAGAACUGCAAGUUUGGAGAAGACUUGAUACUCAUGCGUUUUCUUGGUUCCACUACAUUGCUGCAGCAUUUCUUUGGACAGGUAUCCAAACACAAUCUCCUGACAAAGUUUGACUUGAUCAAUCUGGGGGAAUGCCUGGGUGCUUUGGACAGUGCUGUCGAUGUUCUGAACAGAAUGCCGCGACUUGACCUCAUAGAUGCCUUGCUGGAUAUCAUUUGUGAUGGUGAUAUUGGGUGGACUGAGCCCAUCAAACAGGCCAUGCGCAAACCGAAAGCUACCGCAGCAGCAGACGAGUUGGAGCUCAACUCAUGGCACAAGGAGUUGGGAACUGUUCUCGAUGAGGUGGUUCUGUCAGAGAUGCCCCAGGAAGAAAGACAAGAUUUCAAAGAGAUUCAAGAAGCAGUGCAACAAAGAGUCAUCGGUGAAAAUGGCUGGGCAGUUGUCGAGGCAAAGGUCGUGGCUGUGGUGUUGGUCGCGGUGGCCGAGCUGGUGGCCGAGCUGGUGGCCGAGCUGGUGGACGCUGACGAUGCUGACAGCCUUGUCCCUUCACCUUCGCCACCUCCGAUGGAUGUCAAUGAGAAAGAAAAUUCUGAGGACCCCUGCCCAGAGCAGAUGGUACUACAGGAUUCAGCCCAGACUGUGGAUCAUCAGCAAUUGGCUGUGGCAGCUGCUGUGGCUGCGGAGGAGGGCCCUAUUGUGCCGGCUAUUCCGGUGGCUCCAGAACCCGAGAUCGCUGGACCGCCUGUUGAAGAGUAUCCAGACGAUACGCCCCUGGAAGCUCUGCGGCCUAGGGUGGCUGCCCCUGAGGCACCUGCCGAACGUGGUCCUCGGGCUGCUGCGGCGUAUGCGCUGGUUUGGACAGAUGACCCACCGACUUGGUUCAUGAGGGUGAAGGAAAAUGACACUUGGCCCAGUGCAGGCCCGAACUUUCGAAG